AUGGUCGGGAGCAAGUUAGCCCACAAUGAGGAGUGGCUCGACAUCGCCAAGCACCACGCAGUGACGAUGGCAAUUCAAGCGCGCCAGCUGCGCCUCUGGCCCGUCAUUCUGCGCCCCCUUGUACAUUGGCUCGAGCCCCAGGGAGCAAAGCUCCGGGCGCAGGUUCGACGAGCCCGGCAACUUCUCGAUCCCAUUAUCCAGGAGCGACGUGCGGAAAGAGAUGCCUGCCUGGCAAAGGGCAUGGAGCCGCCUCGCUACGUGGACUCGAUCCAGUGGUUCGAGGAUACUGCCAAGGGGAAAUGGUACGAUGCAGCCGGAGCGCAACUGGCCAUGGACUUUGCUGGGAUCUACGGAACCUCCGACCUGCUGAUCGGUGGGUUGGUGGACAUCGUCCGACAUCCCCAUCUCCUUGAGCCCCUCCGUGAUGAGAUCCGGACGGUCAUCGGCCAAGGGGGUUGGACACCCGCCUCGCUGUACAAGCUCAAACUGCUGGAUAGUUGUCUCAAGGAGUCACAGCGAGUCAAGCCCGUCGAAUGUGCCACCAUGCGCAGCUAUGCAUUGCAGGAUGUGACUUUCUCCAAUGGAACCUUCAUCCCAAAAGGAGAGCUGGUGGCGGUAGCUGCCGACCGCAUGGGCAAUCCUGGUGUCUGGCCAGAGCCGGAAGAAUACGAUCCUUACCGGUAUAUGCGCCUGCGAGAGGACCCUGAUAAAGCGUUCAGUGCCCAACUGGAGAACACCAACGGGGACCACAUCGGCUUCGGCUGGCAUCCACGGGCUUGCCCCGGCCGGUUCUUUGCCUCCAAGGAGAUCAAGAUGAUGUUAGCGUACUUGCUCAUCCGAUACGACUGGAAGGUGGUCCCCAACGAACCGUUGCAGUACUACCGCCAUUCUUUCAGCGUGCGCAUCCAUCCCACCACGAAGCUCAUGAUGCGCCGGCGCGACGAGGAUAUCCGCCUUCCUGGUUCACCAUAG